UUACUGAGGGAAUGAAUCAAGAGACAAUUUUCUCAUAGACUUCUAUACAAUCUGACUUCUCUUUGCAACCAGAGGAGUCGCCCCCUGCUGGUCACUCGCCUAAUUAAAAGUAAUUCGCCAAUUUCAAUUAGUCUGCCUUUCACAAUUUUUGUUACGUUUUUAUAUGUUGACUACAUUUCUUCAUAAUUCCUUUCAGUGGUUACUUUGGAUUUGUUUUUAGACUUAAAAACAGUUUGUCAACAAACAUUUUCUGUCUUAAUUUUGGCUGAUGAAAUCAACACUGGUUCAGACUAAAAUUGACAUAUGGUCUAUGAAGAUGUUAGACCUCUUAUCCAUCUCAGAUGUUUGGAAAUGAUUGUUUUUCACUGUUAUGACCCAAGCUAUUACAGCCGACUCCAUAUUCUAAGUUGAACAUGUGCAGUUUGUUGUGGAUGCAUAUUUUCACACCAGGUGACAUCCUGCUGUGCUUCUUUCUCUCACUAUACUGCUUUCUGUUGAAUUUCUCUUUGAUAUAUGAUUUACUUCUGAAGAUCACAUUUGUAGUGAGUAAUGGACUUAUUCAUAUCCAGCUGACUUAUUCUCAUCCUGCGACAGUCAUUUUAGCUGUUGUUUAGUUGGGAAAUUUAACUUACCUGUUUUCACGAUUCUAUUUUCUGGAAAGAAUCUUUGCAUUCCGAAGGGCAUUUGAAUUGAAAAGUGUCUGUGGACAUUGUUCAUUAGUUCUCAGGGGAUAACAAACACAUUCAAUGUUCUGUCUGUCACUUUAAGGGGCGCAUUUCAGGCAAAUUGCCCCAGUCCCUUGUGUCUUGCUCAGACCGCUCCAGUGUGUGUGUGUGUGUGUGUGUGAGAGAGUGUGUGUGUGUGUGUGUGUGAGAGAGAGAGAGAAAGAGAGCGAUCAGGGGGUAUGAGCUGAGAAUAAAAGCGAGCUUCGUGGAGCCACAAGUGUCCAGUUAUUAGCAUGCUAGUCUGGUCACCGUGGCCCUGCUGCUGUCGACAGUCAGACUGCUGUUAGCGAAUACCACUCAGAGUCAACAACGAUGUACAGUGAACCGCAGAAAAUCACAGGAACUUAUAGGAAUGAGAAGUGAGAAGGAAAAGAGCAGCAGCCUUAUUUUUUUUUUUUAUGUUUGAAAAUCCGGUUUGAUAAAUCUUUAGCUUUGGGAGCAAGACCUGGCAAAUUUCCUCGCAUCUUUUCCAACUUGGCCGUAUCCUGGCUACUAGUUGUCGAGUCUUUCUUGGACACAAAAGAAGCACUUGACACAUCCCCAUCGCCUCGGCCCUCAGCAUUCCUGGACAGGGCAGAGGGAUCCUCGCCCUCAACUCAGGGCUUCGCAAUCGCUUUGCCUCUAAGAUGCUGAACCUCAACUCACCGGACGACAACAGGAACUCUCUCCAGGACCCGGUGUCGCUGAACGUCGGCGGGGAAGUCUACACCACCACCCUGGACACUCUGACCCGCUGCCCCGACUCCAUGCUUGGCGCGAUGUUCACCGGACAAAUCCCCGUGCUGAGGGACAACGGAGGGAACGUCUUCAUAGACCGAGACGGGAAAGUGUUCCGGUACAUUCUUAACUAUCUGCGCUCCAGCUCCCUGGACCUGCCGGAUGGAUUCUCAGAGCUGGCACUGCUGCGGAGGGAGGCGGAUUUCUUCCAGAUACGGCCCCUGCUGGAGGACAUUUGCUGCUACGAGGCGUCAGUGCCUCUCAGCCUCAGAGGAGGGCCGCUAGGCGCCAUGAUUGUGGUGAAUGUGGAUUCCAAGGUUCGCGUUCUCCACUUUAACUUGCGCCACGGCCCAGAAAACUAUGAGCUCCGCACGUGCUCCGUGCGAGCCUUCACUGUGGACCUCUUUUGUACCUGGAGGGCCUUCCUGGCCCUCCUCUGUGAGCGCUUCUCCUACCGAACACCCCAGGGUCUCGCGAGCCCCUGUCCGUGCAACCCGAUGCAGAACAGGCUGAAACUGGAGUGGGUGCCGAGGCCGGACGAACUCCCGCGGGACCAGUACGACAAGCAGCGCUACCGGGGGCUGACGGUCUCCAGCCCGGAGCUCGCGCAGUCGGACGACAUCAUGAGCAGGCACCGGAACCCGAGCGAUAUCGCGGACAUGCAGGGGUUUGUGGAGGAGCUGCUGAAGGUAUCUUUGGCUGAAGGCUUCAAGGUUGAUCUGGUGACUCCCGACCCGGCGGAAAUACUGAACUGCACCUCACUCCGGCUUGUCAAGUGCUGAAAAAACUAAAGUAAAAGCACUGGAGCAUGCCACGUUCUGAACGAUUCUUCCCUGUGGUCACAACUCAACCAGCUAUCCAGUUAGUUAGGAGUUGUGGUUAACCUUUUUAUUAACUUGUAUUUCAUCUGGACAUCAAAAGGAUACAGAUUAUGACUAGGAGGUCUUUGAAAAUGUUUACAGAAAUAGUGAAGGCCGAAUGAGUAGGAUUCUGUAUCUGCAGAAACCCUGCCCUCUGCCUUUAUUUGAUUAGUUUUCUUACUCUGGACCUUUCUGGACUUCAACCUUCUAUAAAAACGUAGUGUCCGGGUUGCCACAUUCCAAAGCACAUGUCCAAGUGGAAUACAAAGAUGGCUUCCACAGCGCCAAAAAAAGAAACAAUAAUAAAGCGGACAAAGCCAUAGGUGUGUAAAGAGAACUGGAUGCAGUGUUGGAGACGGGUCCCCCUCUUGCUAUGAAAGUCUAUCAGUGGCACAUGAAGCCUCAAUGGAGUUGAUGUACCUAAAAAAAAAUAUAUACAUACGGUUUGAUAUCUCUUUCCCAAUAGAAGUCUAUGGGGAAAACAUACUCUCAAGUCCAAUUUUCACCAUGUGAUGAACUCUGAUUUUGUAAUACCAUUAUGGCCACUUUGGAAAUUGGACGAAGCUUGUUCCAAAACAAGAGGGAAUUUGUGGCUGGCUUUCACUCGGAGGAGGAGAGGCCGACUUUGAGUGUUGUGUUUACAAACUGCAACCAACAAAUCCUACUCGCGGGGCCUUUUUAAAUUAAAGUAUUUUGAUUUAUUUAAUUUUUUAGAAAAGCUGACAUGAAAUCUAAAACAUUGCUGGCUUCAUCUAGCCGUUAAAGUGAUUGCUUUUGGGCUUUUCAAACAUAGGUGUGUAUUAAUAAUUAUCUAUGACAGGACUGUUACAUACAGUAUAGAGCUGCAAUGCCAUGGCAGUACUCCUAGAGAACAGCAGUGAUUUGGAAAUAAUUCCGCCAAGAGACAAGACUGUUUUCAGGUUUCUCACAGGCUGUGUCGCCCUGUAGAUCCACCAAUAACACUUUUCAUGAGUUUAUUCAUUUAUUUACAUUAUGAUGUGUGCAUUUUCGUACCUCAUGCAACAUUGAGAAGCAGACGUCAUGUCACUGUUUCUCUCCGGACACAAUGACUUCCUGGAUUCCUGUUGUUGGCAUGAGGUUGCCGGGCAACCAACGGACAAUUUAAUCCCUGUGAUGGAGCCAAUGGCUAAUAAUUGUGAAGCUUGAACCAGUCUGGCUGUUUUUAGUCUUUAUGCUAAGCUUAGGUAAUUACUUCCCUACUCCAGUUCCAGUCAAUGCACAGAUAGGAAAGGGUUGUCUAACAAGCAUAGGACUUUCACCCAUGAGACCGGUGUUUGUGUCCCCUGUGAAACCAAAAGUUAAUGUUUUGGGAUGUACAAUUACACAAUGUAACACGCUACAGACAUAGUUCUUUUAACCCAAACUAUAGUAGAUUAAUAAGUAGAUUAAUAUCUAGACCUGAAGAAGUAGAUUUGUUAUCUAGACCUGAAGAAGUAGUUUUGUUACCUAGACCUAAAGAAGUAGAUUUGUUCUCUAGACCUGAAGAAGUAGAUUUGUUGCCUAGACCUAAAGAAGUAGAUUUGUUCUCUAGACCUGAAGAAGUAGAUUUGUUGCCUAGACCUAAAGAAGUAGAUUUGUUACCUAAACCUAAAGAAGUAGAUUUGUUAUCUAGACCUGAAGAAGUAGAUUUGUUGCCUAGACCUAAAGAAGUAGAUUUGUUCUCUAGACCUGAAGAAGUAGAUUUGUUGCCUAGACCUAAAGAAGUAGAUUUGUUAUCUAGACCUAAAGAAGUAGAUUUGUUAUCUAGACCUAAAGAAGUAGAUUUGUUAUCUAGACCUGAAGAAGUAGAUUUGUUAUCUAGACCUGAAGAAGUAGUUUUGUUACCUAGACCUAAAUAAGUAGAUUUGUUAUCUAGACCUAAAGAAGUAAUUUGUUUUCUAGACCUAAAUAAGUAGAUGUGUUAUCUAGACCUGAAGAAGUAGAUUUGUUAUCUAGACCUGAAGAAGUAGUUUUGUUACCUAGACCUAAAUAAGUAGAUUUGUUAUCUAGACCUAAAGAAGUAAUUUGUUUUCUAGACCUAAAUAAGUAGAUGUGUUAUCUAGACCUAAAUAAGUAGUUUUGUUAUCUAGACCUAAAGAAGUAGUUUUGUUUGCUAGACCUAAAAAAGUAGAUUUGUUAUCUAGACCUAAAGAAGUAAUUUGUUUUCUAGACCUAAAUAAGUAGAUGUGUUAUCUAGACCUAAAUAAGUAGUUUUGUUAUCUAGACCUAAAGAAGUAGUUUUGUUUGCUAGACCUAAAAAAGUAGAUUUGUUAUCUAGACCUAAAGAAGUAGUUUUGUUAUCUAGACCUAAAGAAGUAGUUUUGUUAUCUAGACCUAAAAAAGUAGAUUUGUUAUCUAGACCCAAAUAAGUAGAUUUGUUAUCUAGACCUGAAGAAGUAGUUUUGUUGCCUAGACCUAAAGAAGUAGUUUUGUUUUCUAGACCUGAAGUAGUUUUGUUUGCUAGACCUAAAGAAGUAGAUUUGUUAUCUAGACCUAAAGAAGUAGAUUUGUUAUCUAGACCCAAAGAAGUAGAUUUGUUAUCUAGACCUAAAGAAGUAGAUUUGUUACCUAGACCCAAAGAAGUAGAUUUGUUAUCUAGACCUGAAGAAGUAGUUUUGUUGCCUAGACCUAAAGAAGUAGAUUUGUUAUCUAGACCCACAGAAGUAGAUUUGUUAUCUAGACCUGAAGAAGUAGUUUUGUUGCCUAGACCUAAAGAAGUAGUUUUGUUGCCUAGACCUAAAGAAGUAGAUUUGUUACCUAGACCUAAAGAAGUAGAUUUGUUACCUAGACCUUAAGAAGUAGAUUUGUUACCUAGACCUAAAGAAGUAGAUUUGUUGCCUAGACCUAAAGAAGUAGAUUUGUUACCUAGACCUUAAGAAGUACAUUUGUUACCUAGACCUGAAGAAGUAGUUUUGUUACCUAGACCUGAAGAAGUAGAUUUGUUAUCUAGACCUAAAGAAGUAGAUUUGUUACCUAGACCUUAAGAAGUAGAUUUGUUAUCUAGACCUGAAGAAGUAGAUUUGUUAUCUAGACCUAAAGAAGUAGAUUUGUUACCUAGACCUUAAGAAGUAGAUUUGUUACCUAGACCUGAAGAAGUAGAUUUGUUAUCUAGACCUAAAGAAGUAGAUUUGUUACCUAGACCUAAAGAAGUAGAUUUGUUAUCUAGACCUAAAGAAGUAGAUUUGUUACCUAGACCUAAAGAAGUAGAUUUGUUACCUAGACCUAAAGAAGUAGAUUUGUCACCUAGACCUAAAGAAGUAGAUUUGUUACCUAGACCUUAAGAAGUAGUUGUGGUUUCUCUAACCUCGGCAUGUAAUUUAUUACAUUUCACGCCACCAUGAUGUAAUGGUCCGUUAAGUCGUUUCACAUAUUUCUGUAAGAAUUAGAAAUACCACCAUAGACUUAAAACAUACAACAUAUAUCAGAGGUACAUUCUGUGUCUUGUUUGGUUCCUAUUUUAAUGACAUAGUUUUGAUUUUGAGGGUCAAGUUCUUUAGUUUUCUAAAUAGUAGACAUGAAAUGGUAAGAGAACAUUUUGCUAGACUUGGCUAAUAAUGAAUGUGUUUUGUACCCCCUAAAAAGAAUCUGCACCAUUAGAAUUGGCUUAUUCACAUUCUUUCAUGAGGAACCAAACUGGCUGUAUUUCCUGGAGGGCCGGUUGCCACCCUUUGAAUGACUUGCAGGGGGAGUCCGAUGAGUUAUGGACUUGCUGUGACUUGGCGUGUGAUUCAGGAGGAGGAAAAGAUGCGUCUCGGCUGAAGAGGAAAGGCCGCUCGUUGCGAUAAAGAAACCCAGUGGUUCUUUCUCCUUGCUUCCUCUUUGAACUUCCUUCCUAGGCCUGUGAGGAGCACGAAAUGGCUCUGCAGCCCCUCUAGAUGGACAGUCUGGUUUCAUAACGCCGAUUCACAUUCUGGCAAACAACAUCAGGAUGCUCACGUACAGCUGGAAUGCUUAGCUCUCCGAUUUGUUUCAGAUGUAUUAUUGGUUGAAGGUGACUAUGGAUUAAGUACUCAUUGUGUGUGUGUUUAUGUUAUUUUUUCCUUAACAGGAGCGAUACAGUGGAACCCCAACAUUCUAUGUCACAACUCCUUCAGAGGGAGCUCGGGCUCUCAGUCUGCCCUGACCUUCUGUAUAGCAGAUUCCUUCCUCUUCAUGGGCGUUUUCAUUUCCCUUCAAUUUUUCACUUGUUCAAAUUAAACUGUCGUGUUGUUAUGGACACAAGCUGAUUGAGGAGCACUCUGUUAAUGUGCCUUCGCAGUAAAUCAUUGUUUUACCUGUUCUGCAGCAAACAGCCGACAGACACAGUUAGAGAUCAGCUGGUGGAACAUUGGUUGGUGGAGCCAACUCGCCAGUCUGCAAUGGGGGGAGACUGAAUAUCUUGCUAACAUUCAUCUGACGGACACAAACCUGUUGAUAAUGUGUGCCGGAUGUGUAAAUAUGAAAUUGCAUGUGUACACAUUAGCCAUGAUAACUUUUUACAGCAAUAAAAUAUAAGAACUCUGUGUCCUUAGUGGCCAAGAAUGACGUAGCUUUAAAGGCCCGGCACACUCUGUGUUUUUAAUUAUUCAGACUAAUUAGACUUCUGCUUUUCUGCUUAAUAAUGGCAGAGCUAUGAGGAGAAUUGAGUUAUGACAAUACAUUUAAUAUUUGAAUAAAACUGAUAUACUGCAGGGGUAGACACGGUCACAGUCAUGCCUAAGAAAAAGUCUAAUCAGGCAGAAUAAGUGAAAACAUAUAUUAAUGAAGCUGCUGAUGUUUUUACAUUUGUUGCGCUUUUUGUUUUCAAGGUUAUACCAGACGUCUUUUUAUCAAUUAAUUCUGCUCAUCUCUGCCUGCUACUAUUUAAAAUGAAGCAAUCAAAAAAUAUUCUGUAAUUUACAUGUGUGGGAAUACACAGGAUUUUAAAGCAUUUGGUAUCUUAAUUGAAAUAAAAAAAUUAACAACAUU